UUAUUAAGACAGUGUUGCUCCCACUGACAGUCUUUCAGAAAAGUGUCUCACGUUUACAUCAACACCUGUUCGACCUGAAACUGACUUGAUUAAUGCUGAAUCACUCUCAGUACAAAUGUGUUCUAAAACAUGAAACAGUAUUCUGUGUCCAGGAACAGAAAACAAGACAUUUGCCUAUCAGCUGAACAUGUUCCACUGCCUCGUCAUUUGCAUGAGCAGACAUGUCAACAUGCAGACCUAAAUACAAUACAGAUAUAGAAACAACUAUAGCAGCAGUCAGUGCAAGUUUGCGUCAUUUGCAGCUUCCUCUUUUUUCUGCGGUUGGCUCAGACUGAUGCUGUGACGAUGAUCACCCAGCUCAUUUCAAACUUCUGCUGUCGGUAUAUAAGUUGUCACCCUGUGAGCGGGGUUGUCAAACAGAAAAAGGCAACAAACUCAGACAGUUAUACAGGAACAAAGCAUUAUCGUGAUGCCAAGCCUUGUUACAUCACCACCACAGGAUCUGCGGCACCCCACCAUAGACACCGCUAGCAAGAUGAAUGGAAAAGACAGAAAUCUGAAGUCUCAACUGCAGCGUAGAAAAUCUCAAGCCAUAAACACAGAGGGGCUUUGUUUUGAGGAGAUGUCCCAGUGGUCACACUCAUUAGAGAGACUCCUGUCAUCGAAAUAUGGAGUGAAGAUAUUCCAGGCCUUCUUAAAAACUGAGUUCAGUGAUGAAAACAUUGAGUUCUGGAUGGUGUGUGAAGACUAUAAGAAGAUCAGGUCUUCCUUCAGGAUGCCCUCCAGGGCCAAAAAGAUCUUCAAACGCUACAUUCAAGCUGAGGCUGUUAGAGAGAUCAACAUUGAUCACAAGACCAGAGAUCUGAUCAGGGGGAAUAUGAAGGCGCCCACCCCCAUGUGCUUUAAUGAUGCCCAGAGGAUUGUCUACGGGCUGAUGGAGAGAGACUCUUACCCACGUUUCCUGAAGUCUGACAUCUAUCGAGCUUUACUGGACUCAACAUCAGAAUCAACAAAGAUUUAAAGAUAACAGGUACCACAGGUAUUAUGUUUGUAGAAGCUUGACUGUGAAGCUGAGCACGGACUAUACGACACAACCUGGAUUGUGUUUCCCUAUCCUGAGACUACUCUUAAAUGCAAAACGCACUUCAAUGUCUUCAUCUAGACAUUAUGCUUUAUUGCUGGGUUUAAGAGGAAAUGCUCCUCUGUUCAAUGCCAAACAGUUUGUUCACAGCCAGCUGGUAUAAGGGAAAAUAAUGAGCCAAAAGAGGGCUACAUUUGUACAUGAACCAACAGCGGUUGCUGUUAAAGCUGCUGUAAAGAAAAGGACUUUCCAGAGAGACUACAACAAUGAAACAAAGAUGUCAGGGACUUUCUGCAAGAGAUGCCAGGAAGUGGAUGUGGUGCAUACAACACCCAAGAUGCAUGUGCACACUCCGGGAUUUACAUUUGCACUGAGUCUCAAUCUUAUUGUUAUCUCACUAAAGCAAUGGUCUACAUCAGAAGUGCUAUCUUAUGGGAUGUUUUUUGCAGUUUCUCAGUAUGACAUCAGUACUGCGCAUUAGCCUACAUACUAAGUCCCACUUAUAAGUUUGUUAUAAGCUACUAUUAAACUGUGUUUCAAAGUUUGUCUAAAGGUUCUGCAUGUGAAUAUUUGAAUUUAUUUGUACAUAUUUGAUAAUAAAUUAUAUGAUUUUGUUGAAAUCUGUUGGGAAAAAUAUUUUCAAUGAAAAGCGCUGCAAUUACUCAAAUGUGUCCUUAUCAAAAAUGAGCCACAAAUGACCUCAGGUCUCACAGCAUCUCAUGAAUCAGGAAGAAAAUUUAGAGAAAAAGUCACCAUUUAUCAGUAAAUAUGUUAUUGUUCUUUGACAUUUUUAUUCAUAGUAACUUUAUUUUGAACUCAGGGUCUUGAAAAGUGAUAAAUACAGUACAAAGUUCACCAGGGUUUUUACCAGGCCACAUGUUUCAUUAUGUGUUGGUGAAAGUUGUUUAGUCAAAAGUUUAUUAAAUGGGUAAAGUUUAAAAUUGUAGGAAACAUUCUCAUUAAUUGUCUUGCAAAACAUUACAUGAGAGGAUUGGUAUCACUCUUGUAUUGGUACAGUCCAUGUCAAACUAGUCAGCAGCAGGUUAGCUAUAGGUUAGAAGUCUGAAAAGAGCUAGUAUGGCUCUAGGAUUAGGUCAAGAAGUCCCCUUCCAGUAUUGCUGAAGCUGGUUUUUGCAUUUAUGUGAGAGAUGAUACUGGAUGUGUCCCAAUACAGGAGUUGUAUCCUUGUAAAGGUGCAUUUGAAGGCAGAUUGCAUCACAGCAGCCCAUCGAAGGCAGUCCCAGUUUUGUAGACUACUUCAAAUGCGGCCAACAAUUGGGUCCUACUUUUUCUGAGCUGCAAAAGAUGCAUCAGGUGCAUCCCUUGCAGCCCAUCACACUCCAUGAUUAUUUGGGUGCCAAUUCAAACGAGAUAGUAUACUCUUAAAUGGCCAAGUAAUACACUGUUAAAUAUUAGUAUUUGGUUUUAACCAUAGUACUUAAAAUGAUCUUUAAAAUGAUUGAAGUGGUCAAGUUACCUGCACCUAUCUCAUUUGUUUAACCAUGCAAUAACAUAAUAUCUUAUGCCAUGAUAGCAGUCUUACCUAGUGUCCAUGUGCUUACACUGGCGAGUGGGUUGUUAGAGUGGAAUGGAGCAGCACCCUGUUGGGGUUCUGUUCAUAUACCGUAUAGCGACCACUCCCCAUGCAAUAUCUCAUGUAUUAUACUACUUACUUAAUAAAUCAAUAAUUUUAAA